CUGUCCCCUCACGGGGAGGAGCAGCCGGCUGAGCCGCGGGCGCCGCUGCACCGGGCCCUCCCCGGGCCGGGGGAGGCGUGGGAGCGGCCGGCGCACCGGGCACCCUGUUGAGGUUCAUGCGGCCACCGUAGCCCCGUCCCGGGCCAGGCCCUGCCUCGGAGGAUUCCGGCCACUUCCGCCUUUCCGGCCAUGUCUGCUCAGAGCGCGGGGAGCGGAAGGCUCCGCCCUUGGCGGGUGGCUUCCGGGUCGGUGACGUCACCGGCCGGCGCUGGCGCCCUGCCCGUGCUUUUGGUGUCGCACUUACUGCUGCGCGCUCUCCUCUGGGGUCUGGGCGUUCUGGACUUGGCGAGUCACAUUUAGGUCCAGGAGUAACUCUGAGUUAAUUUUGUGAAAUUUUCUCAGUCUUUGUCCAAAGUAUUUCUUAAGAAUGGUGUCCCAGAAACAGUUCUAGAAAAGACUGCUCAGUGGAUUUCCUUUGCUGCUUUUAUCAGAGAGUUUUUCUUGUGGAGUUCUGGGUAUUAAGUCAAGACUUGAAAACAUCGACAAGAUAAAGAUAAAGGUGGAGCACAGUCUCUGACCUUCAGAGGACUCCUAAAAAGGUGACGUUCCCGAUGACCCUGUAAUAAAGUAUUGCUAGGAAGCUGCGAACAGUAAAAACAGAGCUAACCACUUCAGAACCUUAGAUGGAACUUUUACCAUCUGGAAUCAGCUAAGAGGCCCGUCUGUCUCUGUGCAGGUCUGCCUGGGAAGCUCAGGCAGGUUGACAGGCGAGAAGAGCCUGCUGUAUAGCGGGUGGCUCUUUGAAAGUAGCCUUGGCACUGAGGAGUCCACAGAAGAAGCAGUGCUGCGUUCCUGCCCGCCUUCACUUCUUGUGGUGAGUGCGACUGUCCUGCCGCCGCCGCCACAGCCAUCACCGCCACAGCCACCCUCCACUGAGGACUGGAGACCAGAAGUUGUCCAGGUGUGCCCCAGGCCUUUGGCACCAGGUUGGAGCCUCUGCAUCAUGGAGACGGCCAUUGUUGGACUGUCCAGGCCGGAUCAGGAUCUGGUGAGCUUUGAGGAUCUGGCUGUGAACUUCACCCAGGAAGAGUGGGAUCUGCUGGAUUCUUCUCAGAGGAGUCUCUAUGGAGAUGUGAUGCUGGAGACCUGCCGGAACCUCACUGCCAUAGGAUAUGAAUGGGACGACCAGGCAGUUGGAGAACAUUAUGAAGAACCUGAAAUAAAUCUAAGGCACAUCGUCUCUCACUCUGAAUGCACACAGUAUGAAAAUGAGGAGUAUGAACAGAAGCCACAGGACUCUGAUUUUCUUACGAGGGUUGAAGGACACACGGAGACUCCGACUUCGAGUGGGCCUUCUGUGUGUGAGGUGUGUCUAAAGACCUUUGGACUGUAUCACCUGACUUACAAUGGACAUCACAGCUAUGACUACAAGGAAGUUGGAGGAAGCCAGACUGAUGAAAAUGAUGAUGAUGGUAAUCAGUGUGAUAAAACUUCCAGUUCCCUUCAAAAACAAGAGAAAAAUCAUACUGGGAAAAAACUCUAUGUGUGUCAAGAGUGUGGUAAGGCCUUUAGGUAUCCCAGUGCCCUCCAAUUGCAUGAAAGAAUUCACACUGGAGAGAAACCCUAUGAGUGUAAAGACUGUGGGAAAGCCUUCAGAGGCCUCAGCGCCCUCCAUUUGCACGAGAGGAUUCACACUGGAGAGAAGCCCUACGAGUGUAAGCAGUGUGGCAGAGCCUUCACGUAUCUCAGUGCCCUCCAGUUACACGAAAGAAUUCACACCGAGGAAAGACCCUGUGAGUGUAAACAGUGUGGGAAAACCUUCAGAUAUAGCAGGGCCCUCAAGUUACAUGAAAGGAUUCACACUGGAGAAAAGCCCUAUGAAUGCAAACAAUGUGGGAAAUUCUUUAGAAGUCACAGGACCCUUAAGUUACAUAAAAGAAUUCAUACUGGAGAAAAGCCCUAUGAGUGUAAAGAAUGUGGGAAAGCCUUUAGGUGGCUUACUUCUCUGAAGUUACAUGAAAAAAUUCAUACAGGAGAAAAACCCUAUGAAUGCCAAGAGUGUGGGAAAGCCUUCAGGUGUCAGGCUUCCUAUCAUAGACAUAAAAUCACUCAUGGUGGAGAGACGUUGUAUGAGUGUAAGCAGUGUGGGAAGUCCUUCAUUUACCCCUCCCUACUUCAAGUGCACGAGAGAACACACACAGGAGAAAAGCCCUAUGAGUGUAAGCUGUGUGGGAAAGCCUUCAGAUGUCAGUCUUCGCUUCGAUUGCACGAGAGAACGCACACCGGAGAGAAACCCUACGAAUGUAAACACUGUGGCAAAGCCUUUUCAAGUUACAAUUAUCUUCGAUUUCAUGAAAGAAGCCACACUGGAGAGAAACCCUAUGAAUGUAAAGAAUGUGGUAAAACCUUCACACAUCGCUCUUACCUUCGAUCACAUGAAAGACGACACACUGGAGAGAAACCGUAUCAGUGUGUUCAGUGUGGCAGAUCCUUUAGUCGGCAUAGUUCCUUUAAAAGACAUCAGUCCGUUCAUGGAGUGGAAAACCCAUAUGAAUGCCAAGAUUAUCUAAUUCCUUUAUCCCCAUUUCCUUCAAAUGAAUGAAAGAACAGAUAUCAAACCCUUUGAAUGUAAAUGAUGUUGCAAAAUAUCCCCAUCCACAUAAGACACAGUCGGGAACUCAAAACAGGGAUGGAAGAGCCUUUUAUAUGUAAGCUGUGGCAUAGCCUUUCAGGGGUCAGGGUGUCCUUCAAAUCCAUGAAGGAAUUCAUGCUGGACAAAGUUUGUAUUUGUUACCAAUGUGGUAAAUGUCACUUGUCAUACUUCUUUUCAGAGAAGUAAGUUAAUUCAUGCUGGUCAAAUGCCCUAUGAAUGUACAGGAUAUGGUUAGUCUUUCAUUUAUCCCUUUUUGCCUUAAAAUCAUGAAAGAACUCAGUGGUGAAAAACCACAUGAAUAUAAGCAAUGUGGAAAAGACGUCAGGUGUCACAGGUCCUUUCAAGUAACAUGAAUGAAAUCUCAUGAUGGAGAGAAAAAUGUGAAUGUAAAGUGUAUUAAAACCUUUAGAUAUCAUUGCUCCUUUAGAUUCCAUGAAUGAACUCAUGCUGGAAGUAGUUUUCCAAGUAACAAUAAAAGCUGUGAGGCCUUCAAGGUCACAGUUCUAUCAGAAACUUACAGUGAUGGAUGGUGGGCAGUUCUGUCAGUGUAAGAAGUGUGGGAGCUUGGUGGGUGCCGGGAGAUGGACAUUUCCAUUACAGUGGCUGCCCGUGACUUGCCUGGAUUCUUGUAAAUACCCCCAAUUAAACUCGGUGGUUCCUCAAGCUA